UUCCUCAAGUUUACCGCAAACGGUUUGAAAAAAGUCCGCUUACAUGAUAGCUCUAUCCAGGACCUCAUAAAAAAUAAGAAUUGGUUCAUAUGUAUUGAUAUUCACUUAUGAACAGACACGAGGAAUCAUUCGUUUGAGUUCUUUCUAUAAAUAAAAAGACAACGGGAUUGAAGAAGAGAACUAGUUUGGCUGUUCGUUGUUUCUUUUGUAUGAUGUUUACACACUUUUCGUUGGAAUCGGAUGUUUUUAGUGCGAGAUUGUAUUAUUCAAUGUGAAUCUUGAUUCUCGAUAUGCGUAGAUACAUUGUUACAUCAUAUAUAUAAUAUCGAGUUUCUAAACAACGUGGUUAUUGUUAUAACGGACAAUCUAGUAAUCUUUUAUAAGUACGUGAAAGUGAUUCCGAUAAAGUGACAGUUUAAGUUCUUUUGGUUGUCCUGUGAGUUAGAAAGUAGAUAACAAAAUGGCAAAUAAAGAUCCCGAUACUCAGACGGCGACACAAACUCAACACUCUGGUCUAUGGAGUCAGAUCGAAAGUCAACCAGUGGAACCGGUCAUUUGGGGCAGACUGUAUGGGAAAAAUUUAAAAAUUAAGACCCUCGACCUUUGCAAUGAAAUUUUCAAUGUUGGUAGAAACGAGUCCAAUCAUUUACGAAUUGGUGAGGACUGCCUAUCGGAUAGACUCCUCAGUCGUAUUUCGAAGGUACAUUUUUCAAUAAGAAAGGACACCAACGACUUGCAGAGUCCAACGUAUAUUAUGGAUAAAUCUCGAAAUGGCACUUUUGUUAAUGGAUAUCUGAUUGGGACUGGCAAAGAAAUGAUACUUAAAAAUGACGAUAUCAUUGCAUUAUCACACCCCAACUACAAAGCAUUGCUGUUCAAGGAUCAAUGCUCAUCUAACGAAUUGAAAGAUCUGCCGAAAGCGAUCAACGACACGUACUAUGUCAGCCGUAAACUGGGAUCUGGAGCUUGCGGUGAGGUUCAUUUGGUUUACGAUACUAAGUCCUGCAAACCAUAUGCAAUCAAAUAUGUAAAGAAAAAUGCAUUGACAGAAGGCAGCAAACGGAGAGUAUUGAACGAUCCUCAGCGAGUUAUGAACGAAGUAAACAUAAUGAAGAACUUGGAACACCCAUGCGUAAUAAAAAUGCAUGAUAUUGUAAACACGCCAGAUUCGGUUUACAUGGUACUAGAGUACAUGAAAGGUGGAGAAUUGUUGACACGCAUAACCGACAACGAGUUUCUUUCGGAAAAGAAUGCCAAAUUAUUCUUCUUGCAAAUGUGUCAUGCAGUUAAAUAUUUGCAUGCUAAAGGUAUCACGCAUCGAGACUUGAAACCGGAUAAUAUUCUUCUACGAGACAGCAACGAAGAGACGUUACUCAAGGUAUCUGAUUUUGGUUUGAGUAAAUUCGUGCAGAAAGACUCAGUGAUGCGGACCUUGUGCGGAACGCCAUUAUACGUUGCACCUGAAGUUCUGAUGACCGGUGGUAGGGGUUCCUAUACCCGAAAAGUUGACAUCUGGGGGUUGGGAGUUGUUUUGUUCACAAUGCUUAGCGGUACGCUACCAUUCUCAGAUGAUUACGGAAGUCCUGCUGUUGAGCAAAUUAAACGGGCUAAAUUCACCUUCCGUCACCGUUCCUGGAAGUCGGUAUCGUCACAGGCGAAAAAGCUCAUAUACGAUAUUUUGACAGUCGAUCCCAACAAUCGACCUUCGAUCGAUGACAUUCUCAGUAGCACCUGGAUGCGUGAUCCAGAAGUGAUCCAAAAAGCUGAACGUCUUAUGAAUAUAAAGCUUACAGGAAGCAAAAAAUCGUUAUCUGAUGUGGAAAAUAAUAACGACAGGGUAUUUGCUGAACCUCCGAAGAAGCGACAACGGACGAAAUGACUAGAAACAGACAAGGAGGAUUCAGUACGGGUAAAAAUGACGAAACGGAUAAAUAUCGAGUUGAAUAUUCUGUAAAAAACUGCCAUAUUUGUUAGUAAAUAUUAAAUGUAGUUUGUUUGAACCCGGCAUUAAUGUGCUCCAAUUGAUAACAAAGAUCACUACUCUUUAGGAUGUGAAGAGACUAUUGUCGAUAUUUUGUACACACUGUUUUUGUUAAUAUUCAAGAACAUAAUAUUAUCAUUGGUCGACAAUCAAGAUUACCACCGCAGGAGAGGAGUUUGUUUUAUUGUUGGUGGGCCUUGUUUCAUACUAUUGAAAUAAGUGCUUUUAAUCAUACAAGCGGUUAUUAUAUUCAUAACAUGUAACUGUGUGAACAUUUCACAUUGUGGUUGAACAAAACCUCUGUAGUAUUUCGCAAAAAAUAGAUUAGAUAACUAUGAGUACCUAAGCAAUGAAUUGACAGGAGAGAAUUGCGUUACAGCAUGCGGCAUGUAGCUUUAAGAAAAAAGGAAAUGAUUAACAGAAAACAGUCGAAUUAUUUAAGAAUUAGUUAUUACAGACGAACGAUUUAUCCGUUCGAAUAUUCCGAAACAAAAUUGAAUUUAAUCAAAUAAAUCCUUAUACGUACAGGCUAGUGAGUACCCGAUAAAUCUGUUAGUAUAGUUUAAAUACCUUUCACUUUUAUUUUUUGAAUAUUUUAAAAAUAAACGGAGCAAUCGUUA